AUGGUGACGCCCACCCGUACCAGCUCGCCCCCGUUGCCCACCCAGUCGGACCUUUUGGGUGACAACCGACUUCCCAGGCGCCUCUUCAGGAUUCAGAGCAAACAGAAGCAGCUGCUAGACCAAGCUGAUUCGUGGGCUCAGCACUUGCGUCGGCAACCAAAGCCGGGCGUGAAUCUGCCACCAGAGAUCCUGGAGAACUUGAGGAACUUUCACAAGCGCCAAACUGAGAUCAACAAGGCUGGGCUGCCGGGCCCAGAAGCCGCUCAAGAUGGCCCUGUAGAGACGCCAUCGUCUCCUGGGCUGCCACCACUUGGAUCGGAGGAUGGUGCUACGGCCGCCGAUGAGGACGCAGGAACACCCGUUUCGGGCUGGGAAACCAGCCCGGAACCACAGCGUCAAAUCGAAGCAGAGACGUUAAGGUUCCAAUCCCAGAGCCCCUUGCAAGACUCUUUUGCCGAGCACAUCGCUCCAGAGCCCUUCAUGUCUCAAGUCCCGGCGAGAUCACCUUUACGACCCACUCUGGAUGCUGCAAACGUGCAGAAGAGGCCAGCCUUUACCGACUUCCCGUCCAGUAGUCUCGACGUUGAGGAAGAAUUGGAGGUGGUCGCGCCGAAUGCUCUUACCAAACAGCUCCCAGCACUGCAAAGAGUCAGCGAGCUGAACCCGACGCCGCCGUCGGCCCAGGUGCAGGUCCCAUGUACAUUCGAGCCCGACAGCUCUGUCUCGGAGCCACAAGCCAGAAACACAGGCACGCGGCCGUAUAGCAACUUGGCGAGCAUUCAGACCGUCCAGCGCCGCGUGGCAGGCUCGAGAGCCAAGACGACGGCGGUGGCGGGGCGGAUGCAUCCUCCUGCACCAAGGGCACGACAUGGCUAUGAUGUGGGCAUACUGGAUUCACAGUCAUCUGUGGACUCGUCCCCGUCCAUUGUCCCGGCGACGGGCACCGGUGGAUGGGAGCAUAGCCCAAGCAAGUCGCCCAAGGGCAUGCCAAUCAAAUCUACCAUCAUGGAGACACCUCGGGUCUCUCGAAGUCUGAAUAUGCAGUCGAGACAGAAUACCCCAUCGGACCAGAUGAGUAAAACACCAACUCGCAGCAGUCCCGAUAUUCGACAACAUUCCCCCGAAUAUAGGCCAGCUUCACCACAAGUAGUAGAACAGCCUUCCCCGACUGGCACCCGCGGUCGCGCAAUUGAGCAAUAUGCUCCAGCGAAUCAAACCCCGUCUCCACUGCCGCUGCCAGAGGCGAAACUCGCGGCGCCUUUCAUCCAAUACUCGGUCUCUUAUCCAAGCUAUACCGGAAGUGUUGGAGAUUUUGUGAAUGCUUGUCUUACCAUCCAGGUGCUACAGCGGCGCCGGGCUCUUGCCAGCUAUCAGUAUGAUGAUUUCAUCCGUGCUUGGUCCGACGGCUACAUGCCGUAUAUCGAGAGUUCCGAAGAUUCCGGUAAAGAACUAACUGCGAUUGAGUGGUAUAUGGACCGAGUCGAUGAAGCUCUAUUUACGUCCAAGAUCAUUACAAAAGACACGCUUGAAGCCGCCCUGGCCUUCUACGCAGACGAGGUCAGAGCAAGACGCCGCUCGAAGAACCCUUCCCUCGAAACGACGCCUGCCCUGGUUCCGGCCGAGCAAGUUCCAAUACAUGAGCAAACCGUCGAGGAAGCUCCUUCAAAGGAUGAAACCAUCCAACGUGGCAUUCAAGGCCAUCCACAGGCCCCAGGAGACUCUAUCGUCGUGGGAGAAGCGAAUGCUGCUAAGCUCCCGGGAGCUGAAGUGGAUCAAGAUAUCGGAGUCCAUGGGCGAAGCCCAUUGGUCGAGGCGGUUCCAUCCGAGGACGAACUACCAUCGGUUGCGCAAAAGCUUCCUACACCCCAAGUAUCCAAGCCGUCUCGCAAACGCUGCUUAGACGACGACAUCGACGACGACGACGACGACGAGGAACUUGAGGAACCUGCGCCCAAGAGAUCAUCCCGCGGUUCUCUUGAUAGAGCAACCAAGGAGACUCACUUACCACGCUCAGAUGGCAAUGUUAGAAGCCAUCGUGCUGUCAACUCCAAGGCAGAGAAUAAAGCGCCUCGCGCGAGUGGGGAGCCCAGAUCGACUGGACUGUAUCUUGGGUCCAAGAUGAGACUGCGGAAAAACCCGGCCAAGCGAAGCGAAAAGUUUGAGAAGUAUCUAGUAAACUUGAAGUCAGGGCGGAUUAAUGACGAUAUCAGUGUCGCCAGCUCUGCGCCUGUCAAUGCUACGCCGCGAUCUGGCCAGGAAGAAAAAAGAGGCAGUUGA